AGUUGGAGUCGAAAAUAUAUUCUAAUGUUAUUCUCAUUUCUAUCAGCACCCGAAAACAUUUUCUGCUUGCAUGUGUGAGAAAGAGAUGACACGGGAUUCGACGCGAACGUCUUUUUCUGUUUUUGUGUGUAUUCUGCAGAGCUCCGUUAUCCAUGAUUGCCCGUACAUAUUUUUGUAUGUAUGUAUGUAUGUAUGUGCACAUGUUUGUAGCCAGCUAGUUCGGGUCAGUGUGAAUAAAAACAUGCGCUGCAUUAUUAUUUUUUUUAUUCUUCAGUGUCUUGCUAAAAGAAACGAGUGCACGGGCAGACCUGCUCACAUUUGGGUGCAAAACAUUAUAGAGGGAAAUUUACCAAUAAUUUUAGAAUAUAUUUAACAGCUGGGUUCAGGGUAUAUCGUAGUCGAGCUCACUUGGCUACAGCAUUCUUAUGCUUUUAAUUAGUCCUUUUAUCAUAAUGAGUAAUGAUAACAGGAGAUAAAAAGCACCAAAUUAAAAAAUUGGGAGAACGUUGCUCUCAGGCGUAACCGAUUACGGAAUACACUAUUACCAGGUGGCAAAGAACUUUCCGGUGAGAGUGGCGGGGUGGUUGAAUUCUUAUUAAUGUAUCUUUUUUGUUAUUCUUGCCCCAAAAUUGAUUUGUGGGGCUAAGAUGGUCGUGAUCAAGAAAUUUUCUUAUCAAUCUUAGGAAGAGACUAUGCAAUCUGCCUCAUACCUGCCUUCAGCUCAAAACUUGUGAACAAUAUAUGCAUUUCCGAAUUUUAGCAGUGUGAAUGGACUUGGGUCGGUGGAUGGACGUCUAGCAUCUAAAUUUGGUUACAUUAGCUUCAAAAUUGUGUGAGAUUUUAGGUUUAUUGAUUUAUUUACUGAUUUGCCACCACUCCACCUUAAAACACUUUUUCUCAGCUGGGUAUACCUCGAGUCUAUAUUCCAAGUUUCAAAUCUCUAGUUUCGAGGACGUCUAAAGAGCAGUCGCCUUCAUACAAACCAACAGAUAGCCAGACAGGCAGAUAGCGUGACGGACAGUGCAUAAGCGGAUGUAGCCUUACACCUUCAGUAUUAGAGUGUAAACAUUAUUCGGCUUCUCCCCAUACAAGUCAAAGACUUGUUGCUGUCUAAUUGUUGUAUUUAUCGCAGACAACUUAUAUUUUGUUCGUUUAGUUGAUUCGCCAGCGCCAAAUAGUUAGUGUCGGUUCAGAAAUAAAUAUUCUCAUUUAUAAAAUGUCGGUUUCUUAAAUUUUUCAUUGUAAAGCCUAUUCUGUGUCUAAUUUAAAAAUGCGUGUUAUCAAUAUGGGAACACACUCCGCAGUAUACGCAGGUAACCGUACAAAUUCCCGCGAGAGUUCAAAAAUGUUUUUAAAGACAAUUGAUAUUUUAGCGAGUGCUACAAAAUCACGUCCGUUUCUUAUGCUUAUGAUUGGCCUUAUCAUAGGUUAUUGUGUGGCCGAGCUCAUUUCCUACAUAACCAUAUCUGAAGACAUCGAACGCACCAACUUUCUGGCCAGUACAGACUCUAAUAUCCGUUCCCCGCCAUCCCAUGCUGAUGAUGUUAUACCACAUUUUGAUGUCCUUCGGCACGAUCAUCCAACCGAUAAUACCUCGCUAGCCAAUCAGCUAAAGAAGGAUGUGCGCAUUCUCUGCUGGGUUAUGACAAAUCCGAAUAACCACAAACUGAAGGCUCGUCAUGUUAAGCGCACUUGGGGCAAACGCUGUAAUAUUCUACUGUUCAUGAGCUCCGAAGCGGAUGAUGAACUGCCUACGGUGAAGCUGGAUGUGGGAGAGGGUCGAGAGAAUUUAUGGCGCAAGGUGAAGGAGACCUUUAAAUAUGUUUACAGGCAUCAUUUCAACGAUGCGAAUUGGUUCUAUAAAGCUGAUAAUGACACCUAGGCAGUGAUUGAGAAUAUUAAGGCAUUCGUGGCUCAGCGUUACAUGUCAGGAGGAGUUGGUUACGUACUGAGCUGCGAGGCAUUGCGUCGCCUCGUCGUUGAGGGUAAUCCCAUUUCCGAAACAGUUAUCAAUGAGGAUAUCGAAAUUGGUAAAUGCAUGGAGAAUUUAAAUGUGACAGCGGGCGAUUCGCGUGAUAUCAAUGGUCAAGGACGUAUGUUCCCUUUUGAUCCUGAGGCCCAUUUUAUAUUUAAUAAGGAUUAGGGAUUUUGGUAUUGGCAAUAUUAUUUCAUUAUGUCGAACCCAUUAUGAUGUAUGUUUCGAUUAUCGUGAAUAAGAGGGAAUUGGUUAGAUUAUGAAACA